UGUAGAGCCCAUUCAAAAAUGGGUUGGGGAAAAUUUCAUGGACCUCAGUCGAAAACCCCAAAAAAAGAAAAAAAGUUGCGACUUGCGACGGAGAAGGCAGGCGGCCGUGAAUCGAUUUCUCGCUCUACUGUAUCGGUUUCUUCUCGCAAUUUCUUCCUUCGAUUGUUAUUUCCGAUUGUGAUCUGCAUGCGUUGCCAUCUCUUUCCAGUUCCCAGUGCCUACUGCAGUGCAGACGGGACAGCAGAAGGUUUGUUACAUCUUCACGAGGGUUUUCAGAGUAGAAUUAUCCACCUAGACAUCAAGGCUGCCAAUAUUUUGAGCCUCAGAUCAAGUGGUUCAAGGAAUCUUACAGUUAUACAAGGCUUUCAAUGGAGGAAUUUAGUGGUGGUACCGCCAGUCAGUUCUUCAGCAAUUUUGUUGCUUUUCUGCGAAAAUGUCUUUUUUAUAUCCUCUCUGUUGGUCCUGUACCUACUCACAUUGCUUUCAUUAUGGAUGGAAAUCGGAGAUAUGCUAAGAAACAAAAUUUAGAUGGAGGAGCUGGCCACAGGAUUGGGUUCCUGGCUCUUACAUCCAUGCUCAAGUAUUGCUAUGAGUUGGGCGUGAGAUAUGUAACUAUUUAUGCAUUUAGCAUUGAUAAUUUCAAACGAAGUCCUGAAGAAGUUCAGUCGCUGAUGGAUUUGAUGCAAGAAAAGAUUGAGAGGUUAAUUGAGAAAGAGAGCAUCGUCAAUCGCUAUGGAGUUAGAGUUUACUUCAUAGGCAACCUUAAACUCUUGACAGAACCUGUGAGGUUUGCAGCUGAGAGGGCUAUGCUUGCCACUGCCAAGAACUCCAAAGCAAUUUUGUCAAUUUGCGUGGCCUACACUUCCACCAAUGAGAUUCUGCAUGGUGUUCAAAAGGCAUGUGAAGGAAAAUGGGAUGAAAUUAGUGUGUUAAUUGCAAGUGGAGCAGCCUAUGGUUUAACUAAACUUGCAGGGAGUGAGCAGGAUGAAAGGGAACAACUUAUAAAGGUUACAGAUAUUGAGAAGAAUAUGCAUAUGGCAUUUGCACCUGAACCUGAUAUCAUAAUUCGCACUUCUGGUGAGACUCGCUUGAGCAAUUUUCUUCUUUGGCAAAGUGCACACUGUUACUUGUAUUCUCCUUCAGUGCUUUGGCCAGAGUUUGGUUUCCGCCAUUUUCUAUGGGCAAUCUUGAAUUUUCAGCGAAACCAAUUUUAUAUAGACAAAAGAAAGAAACGAUCAUGAACCUAGUGGUUUCUUGUUGCUUGAUCUAGAACCUUGUUUUUUUCAUUAGCAGUCUCCAACCUGGGCAGGGAAUUUUUUUUUGCUGUCCUUGCUGGUUGGCAUACCUGGCAUUGCUUACAUCAGUUGAGUGCAUUAUAAGGGUAUUCCCUCAAGAGAGUAGGAUGUAAUUUAAUCAACGGCAAGUUUUUGUUAUAAAUUUAUGAAUGCAAUUGUUACAUUCAUGUUGUAUUGAAAGAUGGCCUGAUUAGAGCAUAUAAGUAUUUUAAUAAUUUUCUGUCUAUAUA